AUGGUGGCCUUCGAGGAGGCCAUUAGACCAUUAAGCGGUCACCCAUCUUUAGCCCUAGGGCGCGGGCCAGCGAGGACCCGGGGUGUCCAGCUCGCUGUGGCUGCCCCCCCUGAGCCUUGGCCAGCUCCCGGUCCCGCGCAAAAGUGGGCACGACCGCUGGGACCGCCCGGGGGUCAGGGUCCCGCCAUCUGCGCCUCGAGCGGCGCCUACCCCGCUCUCUCCGACGCCGCCCCGGGUGCAACCGGGCAUUUCCAAGGCCUAAGCCAGGGCCCCGGGACCCCCAGCGAGCUGCUCACAGGCUCCGGCAGGCGGGGGCCAGCAGGCCUCCGGGGCAGUGCCGCCUCCCAACGCAGGCAGCCUCUUCCGGAGCGCGGGGGCCCUCCGGGCCAAGACCGAAGUCCGGAGCCGGACGCUCAGGGCUCGCAGCAAAGUCCAGAAAGGCUCCCGCAGCCGCCGGGAGGGCGGCGGGAAGCUCCUUUCAAAGGCAGUCCCGGGAGCGGGCAGAGCGUGACAGACCGGAGGGUGGGGACCCCAGGACACAGCCGCACGUGUCUUCUCAGGGUUCUGGGAGCCCCCAAGUUAGAGGAGCGUCUGCUCUCAGAGCUGAAGUUGGCUGUACCCUGGGGCCACAUUGCUGCCAAAGCCUGGGGUUCCCUGCAGGGCGCCCCAGUUCUCUGCCUGCACGGCUGGCUGGACAAUGCCAACUCCUUUGACAGGCUCAUUCCUCUUCUCCCGCAAGACUUGCAUUAUGUUGCCAUGGAUUUUGGGGGCCAUGGGCUAUCUUCGCACUACAGCCCAGGUCUCCCCUAUUACCACCAAAACUUUGUGAGUGAGAUCCGAAGAGUCGUGGCAGCCUUGAAAUGGAAUCGCUUUUCCCUCAUUGGCCACAGCUUUGGUGGUGUUGUGGGAGGAAUGUUUUCCUGUACCUUCCCUGAGAUGGUGGACAAGCUCAUCUUGCUGGACGCAUCGCCAUUUGCCCUGGAUGCUAAUGAGAUGGAGAACUUGCUGACUUACAAGCGGAGAGCCAUAGAGCACACGCUGCAGGUGGAGGCCUCCCAGAAGCCCUCGCGUGUGGUCAGUCCGGAGGAGAUGCUGCAGGGGUUCCUGAAGAACAACAGUCACGUGGGUGAAGAGUGUGGGGAACUCCUCCUCCAGAGAGGAACCACCAAGGUGGCCACAGGUCUGGUGCUGAACAGAGACCGGAGGAUCGCUUUGCCGGAGCACAGCUUUGAUUUCAUCAACAGAGAGCUGUUUGUGCACGCCAUCAGGAAGCUGCAGGCCCACGUCCUGCUCAUCAAGUAA